AUGGAUUCAAACCCGUGUCAAGACGUAUCGGGUGAUACCAGUAGCACACCAAUGGCCAACAAUAAUCCCACUAAUGACAGCACAAUCUCCUCUCAGAACCAUUCUAAAAUUGGCUUGAGAAAACACCAACAACAACACUACCACCAACACCUGCACCUGCAAAUGCAUUCUCAUUCACAGCAGUCACCUUAUAUUAAUCAAUUGGAAUACUUUACCAAUAACCAGUUUUCACGCUCUUUCAAUAGUUUAAUUUUGGAGGAUGCCAAUGAUGCCAAUACCAACAAUAGUUCAACAACAACCUUAAAUAAGAAAACCAUUAACAAGUCACCACCAUUCAAUAUCAAGCAGGACUUAUUAAACGAUAGUAUCGACACGUUUCUUGAUAACUCCAACACGGAAACGAUAGAAGAUGGAGACGUCACAACAACAGACGACGAUCACGAUUUUGAUGAUGAAGAUAUUGAAGAUCCUGAAGCAGUGCAGUACACCCCAACUUUGAAUAUCUUGAAAUCCAAAAAAGUCGAUAGCUUCGAUAUUAUAUCUAGCAAGCAUAGAAAGAGCAAUAGUCAGAUUACCUACAAUCUGCACGUACGGAAGCCAUCCGAAGAAGAUACGUCAUCAUCGAUGGCUACAAUAAGGUUAUCUAACAACUCACAAAGUUCAAUUAAGAGAUCGUCAAAGUAUUUGAAUUUAUCUAUUGAUUCCAAUUUGAAAACGGUUGAUGGAGGUAAAAUUCCCGAUGAAAUAGAUGACAUUAGUUUGAACGAAAUAGAUGUUGCAGUGGCACCUAACGAUUUUUCAUCACCACUAUCAGCAAGAAAGCCGGACAUAUUUGCUGCUAUAACUGCAGCAAACGGGAAUUCCAAUAAUCAAUUUAAAAGGCCACACAAGUUGGUUAGUCAAUCGCCUUCCCCGUCGUCAAAGAAUAAGUUUCGCAUAUCAUCAUCAACCACAUCUUCGCCACAGUCUAACUUGCAUUCACCUUCCAAGUUGGGACUGAAAGGAUUCAAAAUGUUUAAAAAUGCAAAUAGAGACGCGAUAAUGUCGUCAAGCAGAGUUAUGACUCCAGAAAAACCGAAAAUGGUAUCUAAAAUAUUUGGCAAGUCAGCAAAAAUAAGGCGAGCUUAUACCCCAACCCAUACAUCUACCCCAAUGGCUGUCUCAUCACUCAACCCUCCUUCAUCAUCUACACUGAAUUCAACAACGGCAGCAAUAACAUCUACAAGUCCACCAGCAAAUGAGCAUUAUGAUAUUGACAAUGACUUUGACAGUCCGUCGAAAAAUAGAAAACUGUCUAAUAUUUCUGCAUCUUCAAUUAUUAUUUAUCAAGAUGAAAAUCAUAUCAAGUCAAAUCAUGCUAGAAAAUCUAGUAAUCCAAUACCAUACCCUCCGACCGAACCACUACCGACAAAUAUUUCUGCUUCUGUGGCUGAAACAGGGAAAGGGUCAACUACAACUAAAAGCAACCUAUCUAAGGGUUGUCCCUUAUUUGAUGAUAAAGAGAAUAAAGCUUCUUAUCAGUUUGUUAAACCAUUGCAAACAGCUUUCAAUUCCUCGGGGUUGGUCAAAAAGAAUAGCAUAAGUGGUCUGCUGGACAGGAAACUACCUCCAGAAACACCAAUCAAAAGAAAUCCAUUAAUGAUUUUAAAUACCAACAAAGUUGUACCUCCAUAUAGCAGUGGAUUUGCUGAAGGAAAAGAUGUAAUGGGUGAUCAACAUGAUAUAUAUUCCCAUAUUCCAUGUCAAAAUCAACGUUUUCCUGGCAGCGUGAAUCCCAACACUACUACGAACAACAACAACACUCAACAGCAUCAUGAUAGUGAUCUUUCUAUUGAAGUUGGAAGGAAUAAUUCUUAUGAUGCCAGUAGUAGCACUAUCAAUAACACAAGUUAUAUCAAAAUUUUCCCUUCUUCGGAAUUGAAAAAGGAGCAGGUGCUUCAGCGACCACAAGAAGAUUUAGAAUUAGUUUUCAAUUCUGACAUUGAACUAGAUGAUAACAUAAUACCAGAAACACCAACAAAGAAACUGCUACUACCGAAUCAGCACCAUCAACAUCACUUACCCCUUUACACGCAAUCCAAGAGUCCAUUGUUGAAGUUUGACACUGAGAAAGAUGGAAGAAGGAAUUUGUCAAUAGUCUUAGAUAAAUCAAAUGCAACUAAACGAGAAAUUAGCGAACCACCUUCAACACCAAUCAAUAUGUCAUUUGCAAAGAAUAGUUUUAAGAAACCUAUGAAUAAUGCUGAAAGAGGUGAUGACCCUGAUAGUAUAAUUGCUCAACGCAUAGAUAUUAUGCCAUCGUUAGAUGAAGCUGACUCGGUGUCUGUUUAUCCUUCAAAGAUAGAUGAACAUUUAAUUGAAAAGUUUGGAAUGAAGAAUAUCAAGUAUAUUGGAUCGGGAGCAUUUUCCAUUGCUUUUGAAUGUUUAUUUAAUAACGAAAAGUUUGCUAUCAAAAGAACUAAAAAACCACUUAUUGGAAAAUUGGAGAAACAAACUAUAAAACGAGAAAUUGAAGCAUUGAGAGUGUUGACAAGCAUUAAAGAAGAUGAAGCAACUAAUAUGCAAGAACAAGAAGAAGGGAAAGAGUAUCUAGUUUAUUUCAUUGAGGCCUGGGAUUUUAAUAAUUACUACUAUAUAAUGACAGAAUUCUGUGAAGGUGGUACAUUAUUUGAUUUCUUAGAGGAAAAUAAACAUUACAAAAUUGAUGAAUUUAGAAUUUGGAAGAUCCUAAUUGAAAUUCUAAAUGGGUUAAAAUUUAUUCAUCUGAAAAAUUAUUUACAUUUGGAUUUAAAACCAGCAAACAUUUUUAUCACUUUUGAAGGGUCAUUGAAAAUUGGUGAUUUCGGAUUGGCUACUAAAUUGCCUAUACUAGAAAAGGACUUUGAUCUUGAAGGAGAUCGUAAUUAUAUUGCCCCGGAAUUGAUUAAUGACAAAAUUUAUACUCCGUUUGCAGAUAUUUUCAGUCUUGGAUUGAUUAUAUUGGAGAUCGCUGCUAAUAUAAUUUUACCAGAUAAUGGAACGCCAUGGCGUAAAUUGAGAAGUGGAGACUUGAGUGAUGCUGGCCGAUUAUCAAGUGAUAAUAUUUCAAUGUUUUUACAACACAAUCCAAAUACCAAUAGCAAUAUCAGUGGCAGUGGAAGUAGAAGUGGUAGUGGCAGUACAGGAGGCAAUGGUAGUGCUGGUGAUGGAUCCACGAAUUCGACUAAUUUUAGUUAUAAUAGUUUGCUGGGCAAUUCAUUAACUUUAAACCCACCAGUCAAAGCAGUACAUGGUACAAGUGACACUAAUAACACAUUGGCUAGUGAAUUAAGUAAAAACAUAGAAGGUUUGAUUCCUAGUUGGGCUCCAGAUUUUUUGGUCCAUGGGGAUCUGAUGAAUUUGGAUAAGUUGGUGAAUAAAAUGUUGAGACCAAACCCAUUUGAUAGACCAAGUGCUUGUAAUAUAUUAGAAAUGCCUGAAUGUUUAAUUGUUGAAAACCGCAGGAAAUGUGGUGCUACUAUUUUUGAAGGAGAAUUUGGUAGUCCACCUGAUGAAUAA